AUGGCCUGAAACAGACAUAGAGAUACUCAAAGUUCUACAGAACACCUCUCUCUUGCUUGCUGUCCUUUCCCUGACAGCUUUAAUACCCACCCAGAUCCUGAAGGCCCUCAAAGCUGACCUGGCUAAACCCUGCCUUAUCCAUAGCUAGAACCUGACAAGAAAAUGAACUGAAUUAGCUUCACCCCAAGAUAAAAAGAAUAGUUAUCUACAAGCUGCAUGAAGAGGGGUCUCUGUACUGAUGUAUUGGUAACAGGAAACUAGUGCCUAGUGCUUGUAAAAGCUGUUGAUCCUCCUCUGGUGACAGCUUUUAUUACAAGUUGUUUGUGUGACACACCCACCACUCCUGAAGGUUACAGAGCUUUGACCUUGUCAGGUAAGUACAGUUGACUGAGUUUGCCAGAUCCUUACCUUUCUCUACCACCUUUGGGAGAGGAGAAGCAGGGAUCCCAUGUGGAUUAUCCUAAGUAUAAAAAUUACAGGAAGUUCCUGGUAGGCAGAGAAAUUUAGCACCUACUGUGAUCAAUUCUCUCAGCAGUACCCAUCUCUUUAGAUUAACUGGCAUAAAGGGUUAAUGAAGCUUCUUCCUCUUCCCACAGGUGAUCUAAGGUUCAGGACCUGCCACCAGCCUUCUAACCAUGGUGCCUUUUCAGACAGAUGGGAGGAAGCAGGUUUCCCAGUUCCACAUUACUGACAGCUGUGCCCAGCCCCAGGGAUGGAGUCCCUCCCUGAAGCAGUCCUGAUCCAAAUCCUGGCUUCCAUCCCUGCGGUGGAGCUGGUGCUGGUGUGCCGCCUGGUCUGCUGCCAGUGGAAGAACCUGGUCGAUGGAGCUGCACUUUGGAUCCUGAAGUGUCAGCAGGAAGGCCUCACCAGAGCAGAGGCAGAUGUAGAGAACUGGCAAAGCUUCUACUUCCUGAGUAAGAAAAGGAAGAAUCUCAUCAAGAACCCAUGUGGUGAAGAAGGCUUGGAGCACUGGGGAGAGGUAGAGAAUGGAGGUGAUGGCUGGAAAAUUGAAGAGCUCCCAGGGGACUUUGGAAAAGAAUUUCCUAGUGAAGAAGUCCAUAAAUACUUUGUCACAUCUUAUGAGUGGUGUCGAAAGGCUCAGGUCAUUGACCUUAGGGCUGAGGGCUACUGGGAAGAGCUGAUGGAUACAACCCAGCCUAAAAUCAUGGUAAGAGACUGGUAUGCAGGACGUAGUGAUGCUGGCUGUCUCUAUGAGCUGUGUGUGAAGCUGCUCUCUGAGAACGAGGAUGUGCUGGCUGAGUACAAGAGUGAGACUGUCACCAUCCCACAGGGAAAUGAUGCCAGCUGGACUGAGGUGAGUUACAGAUCUCUCACACCUUCUCCAGCUACAGGCCCGGGGUGCGCUUUGUGCGCUUUGAGCACGGCGGCCAGGACACGCUCUUCUGGCAGGGCUGGUACGGCGCCCGCGUCACCAGCAGCAGCGUGACAGUGGAGCCAUAGCUCUGCUCAGCCAGCACCUGCAUGCUGCAGUUGACUUCCCUCAGGGCAUCCCCCAGCCUUUGGAUGGUUUCUGCAUGGUGCUGCUGCUGGCUGUAGAGCAUUUGGCCUUUCUGCAUAGGAAUGUGUGUGCGAGAUGCCAGGAGCCACCACCCAUCCUGCCUCAAGAGGACUAUGCAAAGAAUGGGAAUGAAUUUGGGAAUGCACUUCACCCCUUGCACUGAUGUCCUCUGUCAGACAGGAGAUCACCUAAAAAUCCUGCAGAGCUCCUGUCUUAGUCUCUAAUGCCUAGCACCCUGCCUGAGGCAGCUGUCUCCCCUGCCUGCUCUCCUGACUUGGGCACUCCUUAACUUGAAGGGGUACUUAAAGUAUAUUUUCUGGAAGUUAGAGUGGGAAGAAAAGAAUAAAGAAAACCACAGACCCUGCGUCUCAAAACAAACCAGUGAAACCCAGAGUCCUGUCCCCAGCUGUUUCCAUGACCUGCAGUGAGAACCUCGGCUUCUUCCAUUUAUAAAAAGAUAACAUUGUUUACCAAAGAGGAGCUCUAGCUUGGCUGUCAAUACUAUUAGUUUAAUUUUUAGUGAUAAUGCAGAGUAAAAGAGAGCAAGAAAGGGUGAAUCCUUUUCUCUUACACUGUUCCCAGCAUCCAUUUAUCAAGGGAAGUGUUGGGAAGAAAAACGUCUGGUGUCCAGUCCUGGGGCUUCAUUUGGCUCCUUCAGAGAGAUGGCAUCUGAGAGUAAUUGCUGGCAAAGAGAGAGAGAGAUGACAACAACUUAGAGAACUGGGUUAGGAAAAAUUUGGGAUAGGGUCCAGAAAAAAAUGAAAACAAACUCAUUUACUCCUUCCUGGCCUCUGCAUGCUUCAGGCAACAAGCAUCCUGGUCAUCCAGUGUGACUCUGCUGGCAGGACACAGAAAGCUGCUGGCCUUGCUCCACCUCUGCUGACCAUGUCUGCAAGAAGUACACAUCUGCCUCUGCUGUGUGCUUGCUCACAUGACAGCACUUCAGUCUCCCACUUGAGCUUCUUGACAUCCCUCAGGGCUGUGUGCCCCAUCCUGAACAGACCCCUAAGCUUUCCUGAACCAGGAUUGUCCCUGCUAGUGUCACUAGAGGACACGAAAUAAAACAACCCGCACUCUGGAAUCUCCAAGGUUAAAAGAAGGGCAUUUAAUUUCUGACUCCAGCAUUUAUAGACUUCCAGAAGUGACAGUGGAUUGAAGGAUGACAGUGCCACGUCUCCAAUGACACUGGACAAACCAACAAACAGUCCAUCAAAUUUUUCCUUCUCCAGAAGAGAAUGCAAAACAAUAAUUAUUUAGAGAAAAGCAUGUCAGAAAGUUCCUUACAAGAAUGUAAACAUCAGAAGGCUCAGAAGAACUUAGAACAGGGCUACACUGCUAGUUAUUCCACUCAGAAGAGCAUCCCCUAACAGAGCUGGUGUUGCCUAAAGAAAGUCUAUUUUUGUGUCCAUGUGUCUGCCUUCCCUCCCUGGGCUGCCUUUAAGUGCCCCUUUGCACAUGUAGUGCCUGCUACUGCCUGCAGCCAAAGGAAGGAGCUCCCACCUGGACACUGUGCAUGCUGCUUCCUCAGGCUUUCUGCACAGCUGCCCCUGGGUGCCACACACACGCCACAGUCCAGGCAAACAUAAUAAAGUGACACAAUUGUGUGUGGAUUUC